CCGCCGGCUGCCGCGCGGACGGAGCGCGCGGACCCAGCGCCGCUGCGCGGGCGGGCCGGGGGUGGCGGCGGCAGGAGUGUAUUGUAACCAUCCAGUCCUUAUUCAGCUGCUUUCCCUUGGGUGGGCCUGAAUGAAGACAAAUGUAAAGAUGGCAUGUCCGAGGAAUUUUAAAAGGUGUAGACCUCCUGACUGAGCAGUGCUGUGUUUUUUAUUCUCUUUAAUUAGUAAACUGCUGUUCUCUCACAGGUGAAAGUCAUGAUCACGCUAACAGAACUCAAAUGCUUAGCAGAUGCCCAGUCAUCCUACCACAUACUAAAACCAUGGUGGGAUGUCUUCUGGUAUUACCUCACCAUGAUAAUGCUGCUACUUGCUGUGCUUGCUGGGGCUCUCCAGCUUACUCAAACCAGAGUAUUGUGUUGUCUUCCUUGCAAGCUAGAAUUUGACAAUCAUUGUGCUGUGCCUUGGGAUUUAGUUAAAGCCAACCUUAACAUGUCAGCUAGCUCGACAGCACCGAUAAUCAUCCCGCUUAAAAUCCAGAAUUAUCUCCAUCGGCAGCAGUAUUCCUACAUUGAUGCAGUAUGUUAUGAGCGACAACUUCACUGGUUUGCCAAAUUUUUUCCAUACCUAGUGCUUUUGCAUACCUUUAUUUUUGCGGCUUGCAGUAAUUUCUGGCUUUACUAUCCUAGUACAAGUUCCAGGCUUGAGCACUUUGUAGCUGUUCUUCAGAAGUGUUUUGACUCUCCGUGGACAACGCGUGCCCUCUCAGAAACAGUUGCUGAGCAGUCUGCGAGGAAGUUGCCGAUAGCCAAAUCAAAAACAGUGAUUUCAUCACCUCAGUGUUCAGGAGACAUAGGGGCCAGCAGACAGUCCCUGCCAUAUUCACAACCUGGCUUGGAAACAACUGGAAGAGAAAAUUCAAGUGUUCUUGAUAAAAAAGAAGGGGAACAAGCUAAAGCUAUAUUUGAAAAAGUGAAGAAAUUCAGAGUACAUGCCGAAGAAAAGGAUGUCGUAUACACAGUGUAUAUGAAACAGAUUAUAGUGAAAGUCUUUGUAGUUGUCAUAAUAGUAAUUUAUGUCCCCUACUAUUUAUCCUUUAUUACACUUGAAAUUGAUUGUGUGGUUAAUGUUCAAGCCUUUACAGGCUACAAAAGGUACCAGUGUGUUUAUUCGCUAGCAGAAAUUUUUAAAGUUUUGGCUUCAUUUUAUGUUGUUUUAGUGAUCUUCUAUGGGUUAACUUGUACUUACAGUUUGUGGUGGAUGUUAAGAAGUUCACUUAAGCAAUACUCUUUUGAGAAGUUGAGAGAGAAAAGUAAUUACACUGAUAUACCUGAUGUAAAGAAUGACUUUGCAUUUAUUCUUCACUUGGCAGAUCAGUAUGAUCCUCUUUAUUCCCAGCGAUUCUCAAUAUUCCUGUCUGAUUUGAGUGAGAACGAACUCAAACAGAUAAAUCUUAACAAUGAAUGGUCAGUGGAAAAACUGAAAAAUAAACUAGUAAGAAAUUCCCAAGACAAGACUGAACUUCACCUUUUCAUGUUAAAUGGUCUUCCAGACAGUGUCUUUGAACUGACAGAAAUAGAAGUCCUAAGCCUGGAACUUAUUCCCGAAGCCAAACUUCCUUCAGCUGUGACCCAGCUUGUCAAUCUCAAAGAACUCAAUGUUUAUCAUUCAUCACUAACGAUGGAUUAUCCAGCAGUCAACUUUUUAGAAGAAAAUCUGAAAACCUUGCGUUUGAAAUCUAGUGAGAUGGGAAGAAUUCCGUUUUGGGUCUUUCAUCUAAAAAACCUGCAAGAAUUGUGCUUAACAGGAUAUUUCAUGCUAGAUCAUCACAACUCCAUAUACAAUGAUGGCUUUCAGGGGCUAAAAAAUCUGAGAUCCAUUCACUUAAAAAACAACCUUUCCCGUAUACCUCAAGUGAUUACAGAUCUUCUGCCUUCUUUACAACACUUGUCUAUCAACAAUGAGGGAAAUAAGCUGAUAGUGCUAAAUAACCUGAAGAAGCUGGUAAACCUGAGAACCUUGGAAUUAAUCUGCUGCGAUUUAGAGCGCAUUCCCCAUUCCAUUUUUACCCUAAACAAUUUGCAUGAAAUUGACUUAAAAGAAAAUAACCUCAGAACAGUGGAAGAAAUAAUUAGUUUCCAACAUCUUAAAAAUCUUUCUUGCUUAAAAUUGUGGCACAACAGUAUUUCAUAUGUCCCAGUGCAGAUUGGUGCAUUAUCAAACCUGGAACAGUUGUAUCUAAAUUAUAAUAAUAUUAAGAAUGUUCCAUUGCAGCUAUUUCUCUGUAGAAAGUUACACUAUUUGGAUCUUAGCUAUAAUAAGCUAACCUCCAUCCCUGAAGAAAUUGGUUAUCUGACCAACCUGCAGUACUUGGCUUUGACAAAAAACCACAUUGAAAUGCUGCCUGAUGGAUUAUUUCAGUGCAAAAAGCUGCAAUUUCUUCUUCUGGGAAAUAACAGUCUGAUGAAUUUGUCCCCUUUUGUGGGUCAGCUACUGAAUCUUGUUCACUUAGAGCUCAUUGGAAACUAUCUUGAAUCCCUUCCUGCUGAACUGGAAGAAUGUCAGUUCUUAAAGCGAAAUAAUCUAAUUGUAGAAGAAAGGUUGUUAAAAACACUUCCCCCUCGUGUAAGAGAGCGUUUGCAGGCAUGCUCAGAUAAGUCCUAAGUUUAAAAUGAAACUCUGCAUCAUUGCAUUCUACAAGUCUUGCUUAAUAUAUCUCUAAAAAUCUGUAUAUGUAGAGAGGAGUGAAGGAAAGAGAGCAAUUUACAAAUCAGUCUUAAAUGCAUUGAACUGAGUCGAUUGUAUUGGAAAAGAAAAUUUUACUUAGAUUCAAAUAAAAGAUGCAGCCUUUUACAGGUAAACAUGUUUGAAAAUUUUAGAACAUGAAUUGUUUAGGUUCUACUGAUUGAAAUAAUUCAGCUAAAUGUUUAUGGUAGUAUUGAUAUGGAAGAGGUGAUUGCCUGGCUAUAGUGAGAGUGUAUAUACUUUUUUCCUAUGAGAAUUUUUUCUGUUGAUAGUGAUGAUUUUAAACAGUUUCAUCUCCUGCCAUAUGAGGUCUAAGAACUGUCUGGAAUUAGUUUCUAAAUAUGAAUUCUUCUCUAACUUAGGAUGUAUUAAAUUAAGAGCUUAAACUAUUUGAGCAGUUUAUUUGCAUGGGGUAUACUGAAAGUAAUUUUUCAUCAUAACUUAAUUUUUAAAAGCUUUUGACAAGUACUAAGCAUUAAUUCUAUAAUUGUGGAAGAUGCCAUUUGAAUCUUACUAUUAAAUACCUAGAACUGGUUUCAGCAUUUUGUCUUAAAAAUAGUAAAUACAAAAUUAAUUGUUGCCUAGAAAUUGGGAAGAAUCAGAAGAAUCUGAAGUGACUGUUGUGCGCAUGUCCUAGAGAACCAAUCUUACAUUACUGAUCUUCAGAGACAGUGAUGGCAAACAGAACACAAUAUAGUUGCAAAGUUGUCUUCGGUAUGUUGUGAGCAUCACAGGUUUUAGUGUAGUGUAUGUUUCUGAUUAAUAUUUUUAUAACUUCUCAUUACUGACUGCCUCAGUGCAGCUUCUCCACACCCAGUUAUUGCGGAGAGGAUGAAGGACAUUUGUAUUAGAUAGGGACAGAAGGACACAGAUAAAACAAACUAAAUAAUCACACAUCUUAUAUGCACUUAGGAGGAAAAGACAGGAAGCAUUAUAAGCUUUGCCUCUUCUAGGGAUGUAAUAAUUUCAUAAAUCAUAGUGGUGGGAUAAACUCUUAUGCCAUCCUUAAUACUUGCAAAACUGGAUGGAAAUAAAACGUUUCCUGACUUCA